CCCGCCAGCGCAGGAUUUGCUCCGGGAUCUGGGGCGGGCACCCGGCGCUGCGGCUCGGGAGCCACCCUCCCAUGCUGCCGGUGCCACGGCACAGCCCGCAGCAGCCUUCGCACGGGAGGAGCGCGCCUCGGUCCCUCCAGCGCCAUGCCUUGGGCCACCACCCUCACGCUCAUCCUGGCCGGGCUCUGCGCGUCCUCCCUGGGCCAGUACAACGAGGAGGAGGACCUGGCGUGGCUCCAGUACUACCUGCGGCAGUCCCGCGUCUCCUCCUACAACUACGUGCCCUACUACGAGGAGGAGAGCCCCGCGUACGCCUACUCCUACCCCUCUGCCACCGACACCGAGCCCGAGCCCGAGCCCGAGCCGCAGCAGGCCACGCCCUGGCGGUGUCCCCAGGAGUGUGACUGUCCCCCCAACUUCUCCUCGGCCAUGUACUGCGACACCCGCAACCUGCGGUACCUCCCGUUCGUGCCGUCGCGCAUGAAGUACGUCUACUUCCAGAACAACCUCAUCACCUCCAUCCAGGAGGGAGCCUUCGACAACGCCACGGAGCUGGAGUGGCUGGCGCUGCACAACAACCAGAUCGGCAGCGAGAAGAUGGGCAGGAGGGUUUUCGGGAAGCUGCGGCGCCUGGAGAGGCUCUACAUGAACAACAACAACCUGACCAGGCUGCCCAGCCCGCUGCCGCGCUCCCUGCGCGAGCUCCACCUCUCCUACAACCACAUCUCCAAGGUGCCUUCCAACGCCCUGGAGGGGCUGGAGAACCUCACGGCGCUCUACCUCAGCCACAACUUCAUCUUCGAGAUGGGCGCGUCCCUCAAGGGGCUCAAGUCGUUGAUCCUGGCCGACCUGAGCUACAACAACCUCCGGAAGGUGCCGGACGGGCUCCCGGCGUCCCUGGAGCAGCUCUACCUGGAGUACAACUACAUCAACGCCAUCCCCGACGAUUACUUCCAGGUGUCCCCCCGGCUGCUCUACGUGAGGAUGUCCCACAACAGCCUGACCAACCAGGGGCUCUCCAGCAGCACCUUCAACAGCAGCAGCAUCCUGGAGCUGGACCUCUCCUACAACCGGCUCCAGAAGAUCCCGCGGGUCAGCACCAACCUGGAGAACCUCUACCUGCAGGGGAACCAGAUCAACGAGUUCUCCAUCAGCAGUUUCUGCUCCGUGGUGGAUGUCAUGAACUACUCCCGGCUCCAGGUGCUGCGGCUCGACGGCAACGAGAUCAAGCGGAACGCGGUGCCCCCGGACGCGCCGCUGUGCCUGCGCCGGGCCACCGUCAUCGAGAUCUGAGCCGGGCCUGCCGCCCUCAGGACUUGUGUCCCCGCUCCCAGGGAGUCCCCUCGCUCCCGCUUUCCCAUCCCACUCGGCUUUGCAGCAGUGCAAUCCCAGGGCACAGGGCACGCUCCCACGUGCGCCCGGUGUGCCCUGAAUUCUCCUUCUGCGCCCAGAUCGCAGCUCUGAUCCCUCUCUGACCCCCCCACAAAGGCCGUGCCCGUCGUCACCUCCUCCCCGGCCUGGGGAGGGACACAGCAGGGAUGGGGCUCAUCCCACCUUGGAAAUCGGGAAAUCCCCAUCCCAAUCCCCAACCGGAUCUGAACCCCCUGGGCUCAGCUGGAAGGAGCAUCCAAGGGGUUGGGAGCUGCAGGAGCCAAGGGUUAAAGAUCUCCAGGCUGGAGGAUCCCCCAGUGUGGGAUGGGGAGCAGCAAACCCGCCCCUUCCCUUUCUUUUUUCCCCCCUUUUCCAUCAACCUGCUCCAGAGUUACUGGAGAGAAGCCCCAAAGGAGAGAAACCCACCCUGGGUUCCGAGGGAAACCCCCGAGGAACAGCCUGGGCAUGGGAGGGGCCCCACCUCUUCCUCCUGACCCCCUGGAUCCAGGCAGGAUGGGGAAAAUCCUGGCGCUGUCACCCCCCUGGAGCUGCCACCCCUGGCGUUGUCACCCCCAGCUCCCUGAGCUCCCUCCCUGCCCAGGCCCCCGGGGCAUCCCGAUUAAAGCCCCCAAAAUGAAUCCCAGAGCCACGCUGGAAUUCCCUACAGACCCCGAAUUCCCCAUCUCGGGCCCUGGGCCGGCUGAGUUUGAGGGCAGAAGGGGCAGCUGAGCUUUGGGGUGACCUGUCCAGGGGUCACCCGCGCCCUCCGCCUUGAUCCCGCAUGCAAAGAGCAUUAACAAAAAACCCCAAGUCCCAUCAUUUCACCAGCAUGAGCUGUAAACCCCAAACGCAGCAAUAAAACCCUUCCGGUACCCGCACCCAG